UGCUUCCCUCUCUUAAUGGCCCGACAUCAAAUAGUUCCUCGUAAUUGUUACCCCUGUAGAGAUAUACAGAUAGAGAGAGAAUUUUUUGACAGAGAGAAAUGAAGAUCACGGCACUUUUGGUAUUGAAGUGCGACGGAGAAGGAUCGGAUCCGAUUAUAGUGGCAAAUGCCUCCGACGUAAGCCACUUUGGUUACUUUCAGAGGUCGAGCGUCAAGGAGUUCCUCGUCUUCGUCGGUCGCACCGUCGCUAAGCGAACCCCUCCUGGCCAGCGCCAAUCGGUACAGCACGAAGAGUACAAGGUGCAUGCUUAUAACAGCAAUGGCCUCUGUGCGUUGGGUUUUAUGGAUGAUCAUUAUCCAGUUAGGAGUGCGUUUUCUCUUCUUAAUCAGGUGUUAGACGAGUACAAGAAGAGUUUCGGUGAGUCAUGGAGGACUAUACAGGCAGAUAGCACUCAACCAUGGCCAUAUUUGACCGAAGCAUUGUCUAAGUUUCAGGACCCUGCUGAGGCUGACAAGUUGUUGAAAAUUCAGAGGGAGUUGGAUGAGACAAAAAUUAUUCUUCAUAAAACUAUUGACAGCGUGCUUGCGCGAGGUGAGAAGCUUGACAGUUUAGUUGAGAAGAGUUCAGAUCUGAGUGCAGCGUCUCAGAUGUUCUACAAGCAAGCAAAAAAGACCAACCAGUGCUGUACCAUACUGUAAGCUUCUGAGCUAUGCGAUAGCUUUCACUUGGUACGUCCGAAGCAGAUGGAUGACAGAAUGAUUGUAAUAUAUCAAUACCAUUUUUCAAUUGUUUUGUGUGACCAAGUGCAGACCUUGCCCCCUUCUAUAUGUUCUCGUGUCAAAGAAGGGACCACUGGAUGUUGGCGAAAGAUUUUCUGAUAUAGUACUAGUUACCUCUCCUUCACUGGCCUACUUCACAUUUAUCUGGAUUAUCUGGAUGUGUAUGCACUUCACUUUAUGUUUUGAUUUUACAUAUUCCUUAAUAUGUUUGCCUUUUUCA